AUGACUGGAAUGGUCAGCACUGAGAAAAUGCCACCAGGAACCCCCAUAAAUGCAUAUGCUCAAGUCCAGCUACAAGAGGUUCUCAAAAAAAUUCGAGAAAGGACAGCCACGUAUAAAGAAAGGCUAAAAGAUCCAGUCCUCUCCUCACCUGAAGUCAGUCCAACAGCUUCACCCAAAAAGGAAGCCCCACCUCCCCCACCAAAAGAAGAAGAGAAAAAAGAGGUGAAAAAGGAAGAAGCUGCCGUACCAGAGGAAGAACACUAUUGUGACAUGCUAUGCUGUAAAUUCAAGAGGCGACCCUUCAAAGAAUACCUGAAGAAACUAAAGCUACCACAAAGUAUGGAUCCAUUGACAGAUCGUUUCUAUGUUACAUGGUUAUUCUUCGUCACCCUUGCCUAUAACUGGAACUGCUGGCUCAUCCCAAUGCGAUGCAUGUUCCCAGUUCAAACAACUACCAACUUGGUAUACUGGGUCACUAUGGACGUCCUCUGUGACCUCUGCUACCUCUGUGAUCUGCUGAUAUUUCAGCCCCGAUUACAAUUUGUAAGAGGUGGAGAUAUCAUAACAGACAGAGAAGAUAUGAGGAAGUACUACUGGACUACGGUGAAAUUUCGGUUUGAUGUGUUCUCAAUACUACCAUUCGACCUUUUAUACACCAUGUUUGGAUUUAGGCCUGUAUUUAGAGCAAACCGGUGUAUGAAGCAUCUCACAUUCUUUGAGUUCAAUGACCGACUAGAGUCUCUCAUGUCAAAAGCAUACAUCUAUAGGGUUAUUAGAACAACUGGAUACCUAAUGUUUAUCUUACACGUUAAUGCAUGUUUGUAUUACUGGGCCUCAACCUAUGAAGGUAUCGGCAGCACUAAGUGGACCUAUGAUGGUGACGGAAACAUGUACCUGAGAAGUUACUAUUUUUCAGUUCGGACUUUAAUUACAAUUGGUGGACUUCCAGAACCAGUAACCACCUUUGAGAUCGUCUUUCAGCUUCUGGAUUAUUUCUCAGGGGUCUUUGUGUUUUCCAGCUUGAUUGGUCAGAUGCGAGAUGUCAUUGGAUCAGCAACAUCUGGGCAGAACUACUUCCGUACCUGUAUGGAUAACACAGUCUCGUACAUGAACAUUAAUUCAAUUCCAAAAGUGGUUCAGAAUCGUGUUAAAACUUGGUAUGAAUAUACGUGGCAGUCACAAGGAAUGCUGGAUGAAUCCGAAUUACUGGAGAAGAUGCCUGGGAAAAUGCAGCUGGCCGUUGCAAUUGAUGUAAACUAUGCCAUUGUCAGUAAAGUUGACUUGUUCAAAGGAUGUGAUUCACAAAUGAUAUGCGACAUGUUGCUGAGACUAAAAUCCAUUGUGUAUUUACCUGGUGACUAUGUCUGCAGAAAGGGAGAAAUUGGUAGAGAAAUGUACAUUAUCAAGCAAGGUGAAGUUCAAGUUCUUGGAGGUCCUGAUGGAACCAAGGUCCUGGUCACCUUGAAAGCAGGCGCUGUAUUUGGCGAGAUCAGCCUGUUAGCAGCUGGUGGAGGAAAUCGACGAACUGCUAAUGUGGUGGCCCAUGGAUUUGCCAACCUUUUUAUUCUCGACAAGAAGGAUCUCAGUGAAAUCAUGGUGCACUAUCCUGAGUCUGAAAGACUCUUGAGGAAGAAGGGAAAAGUGCUCUUGAGGCAGAAGGGCAAACCUGCAGGACCACCUGAACCAGCAAAAGGUUUCGCCCUGCUCGAAAAGAAGUACGAAGAAACACCAAAGAUGUUCAAAGCACUGCUUGGUGGGAAAGGACGAAGUGGCCUUGCCAUGCUUAUCAAGAUGAAGAGAGAACAAGAGGCGCAGCGGAAAGAAAGAGAAGAAAAGGAAAGAAAAGAAAGGGAAGAAAGGGAACAAAAAGAAAAGGAAGAAAAAGAACAAAAAGAAAAAGAACAAAAAGAAAAAGAAGAAAAAGCUGCACUCCAAACCAAGCUAGAGGAAGAUGCAGCACAAGUUCCUGAGGAUGAUGCACAAGUCGAGCCAGAUAUGAAAGGCCAGUCCUCAUCACCUCAGAAGUCGCCUUUGCUCAGAGGAAUCACUAAUGAGUCCCUGAUCAUUACCAUGUCUCCUUCGACCACAAUUGGAGAGGGAGAGAUUCUCACUGUUGAAGUAAAAGUGAAGCCGCAAGAUUAA